AGGGUGGUUUGCAUUUCUUAUCAGUGGUGUGAUAGGAAAGGCUAGGAGCUAGAUGUAUAUAAGGAGCAGUACUCUGCUGCUGCUUUACAUUGGAACUCACACUUCUUUUCAUCAACGGCUUGGGGAUAAAGGAGGAAUCAUGAAGUUGCUUUUGCUUCUGGGCUUGGUGGCACUCUCUCAGUGCAUGGUGACCAAGGUCCCCCUGAAAAAAGGGAAAUCCCUGAGGCAAAACCUUAAAGAACAUGGGCUGCUGGAAAAAUUCCUUCAGAAACAUCCUUACAACUUGGGCUCAAAAUACUUCCCCAACCAAGCCAAUGCAGAUGCCGCUGAGCCCUUGGAAAAUUAUAUGGAUAUCGAGUACAUUGGCACCAUCUACAUCGGUACUCCACCACAGCAAUUCACUGUCCUCUUUGACACUGGCUCCGCCAACCUGUGGGUCCCCUCUGUCUACUGUUCCAGUUCAGCUUGCUCAAACCACAACCGCUUCAAUCCCCAGCAGUCGUCCACCUACCAGGCCACCAGCCAGAGUGUCUCCAUCACAUAUGGCACUGGGAGCAUGACUGGAUUCCUAGCCUACGACACCACUCAGGUGGGAAGUAUUCAGGUCACCAACCAGAUCUUUGGCCUGAGUGAGACUGAGCCCGGCACCUUCCUUUAUUACUCCCCCUUUGAUGGCAUCCUGGGUCUGGCUUACCCCAGCAUCUCCUCCUCUGGAGCCACUCCUGUUUUUGACAACAUGAUGAGCGAGGGUUUGGUGUCCCAGGAUCUCUUCUCUGUUUACUUGAGCUCCAAUGACCAGGGUGGGAGCUUUGUGAUGUUUGGUGGCAUUGACUCCUCCUACUAUUCUGGAAGCCUCAACUGGAUACCUCUUUCUUCUGAGUCCUACUGGCAGAUCACUGUGGACAGCAUCACUAUGAAUGGCCAGGCUAUUGCUUGUUCCGGCGGCUGCCAAGCCAUUGUUGACACCGGCACCUCUCUGUUGGCUGGUCCUCCCAACGGCAUCGCUAACAUUCAGUACUACAUUGGUGCCAGCCAGUCCUCCAAUGGCGCGUAUAUGGUCAACUGCAACAACAUGAACAGCCUGCCUGACAUUGUCUUCACCAUCAACGGCAUUGAGUUCCCUGUGCCUGCCACUGCCUACAUUCGCCAGAGCCAAGGCUAUUGCACAAGUGGCUUUGAGUCCAUCAGCAUCCCCACGCAGUCUGGCGAGCUCUGGAUUCUUGGAGAUGUCUUCAUCCGCGAGUACUACUGUGUCUUUGACAGAGCAAACAACCAGGUUGGCCUGGCUCCCAUAGCAUGAACACACUAACAUCUAUCAGCAAAACGAUUCCCUAAGGAUAGUCUUCACUUCAUGGGACUAAAUUCAAUCAAUAUGUUCCCUCCCCUCAAGCUGCAACAUUAAUAACAGUAGAAUAAAAGAAUAUAA